CCCAAUCAUAUUUUCUUCUCCUCCAUCUUCCGUCAACCUCUUCUCUUUUUUCUUUUCUUCUUUCUUCUUUACAUCGUUCGGAGUAAACACAGAAAGUUUUCCUACGAGUAGCAUACAGAUCACGAGCCUGGAUUGUGGCCUGAUUCUCGAUGCGCUGAAUCGCCUACUUCCGGCUAUUGCUUCUAUACUGUGCCGUCGAUUAACCCUUCUCCGUUCAAGCUUCGACUCGCAGCGAUAUUCGUGCUGGGAUCAUUAGACAAAAUGACGUCAUCUGCUUCUACAGCUACUCCCGUCAAGCAUGCCUUUGACCGGCGUGUUCACGACGUCAAGUCUCCCAAAAGGUACGAUACUCUUCCCCUCCAGCCAUGUCACCUACCUUGGUGAAGUGAUGAACGCACUAUCAAUGGGAAUCUCUCCUAGCAUAUAAUGCGGAAACACGAUAUCAAUCUUCUUUUUCUGAACCCACCAUUCAAUACAUCUCGUUGUUGCACGCACUUUCAUGUCAGCAGUUGCUAACGAUCUUUGAAGUGAUAUCAACGCUCUAAUACUGGACUAUCUUACUAUGGAAGGGUAUCCGAAUGCGGCAGCAAACUUUUCUAAGGAAGCCAAUCUCGAACCUCACCAGGACACGCAGUACAUUAUAGCGAGGCAGGAGAUCCAGAACUGCAUCCAUAGUGGUGAUAUUAAGACGGCAAUAACGACACUCAAUGAGUUUGACCCACAGAUUCUAGAUGGAGAUAAGGCACUGCAUUUUACCCUGCUACGACUUCAACUCAUAGAACUCAUUCGCGCUUGUAAUGCGACUGGAGAUAUUCAACCAGCCCUCACUUUCGCUACUGAGGAACUGGGCCCCAAAGCACCCACGAACCCCAAGUUUCUGGAAGACUUGGAGAGGACCAUGGCACUGCUCUUGAUUCCAUCUGACGCGCGCGAGCCCCAGUUAGCAGCGUUGCUAGAGCCAGAGUUGCGACGAGAAGUUGCAGACAGCGUAAACCGGGCCAUCCUUGAAAGACAAUCCCGAAGACGUGAAGCAGCUAUUCGCCAGCUCGUCAGAAUGCGUGUCUGGGCCGAAAAUACUGCCCGAGAUAAGCGUAAAAACUUACCUGACCGACUGGAUAUUGGCUUGAACGGAGAAGAACCCGACAGCCCUAGACCUCACACCGGAAACGGACAUGACCCCAUGAUUACAACGUGAUAUUGAUACCCGACCUGGAGGCAUGUUCAAAGAGUAGUAUUUUUGAUUGUGUGGCGCUGUUCUUUGUCCAAGUAGCGCUUGGCGUUUGGGAUAAUAUUGACAUCCUAAUGGUAAGGAUUAAGACUAAGACAAAGGCUGGCUGUCGGGCGUUCUGAAAAGGCUGUCAUAAAUAGGCUGUAGACCUCGACAGCAUCCUAGAGGCAAGGUUAAUCAUUCACUCAUCAUACAUGGCAGUUCACGCGUGACAUUGCCUAAUGUUUCUUGUAUUUGAAAGUUACUGAACUUAAAUGAGCCUUUAUAACAUAUUUACAUAGAGCCGGGCUGUCCGAGCCAUCUAUUUCGUCCUGAUGUGCUUAAGCUUCCUGGCAGAGUACAGGAAGUUGUUGGCAUAAGCCUUAGGUGCAAACUUGCGAGAGUUGGGCUCCUGAACAAAGUACUCGUAACCCUGCUUCUCAGCAAAGUGAAUAGCAUCCUCCUUGCUCGAGAAGUUGAUGUGGGUGCCUUGCAUAAAAUCACCCGAAGAUUGCCAACCGAUCAAAGGGUUCUCCCAUCGAUGUCCCUUGGGAAGAAUAUCCCAAUCCAUUCGCCAGCGUCGACCGCGCCAGUCGCCGGACUGAGUCGCAGGCUUAGCUUCCUGGUAGAUGCUGUAGUAAUUGUUAGUUCCUGAAACUUUCGACGACAUUCGAGUCAUGCAUGUGGGCAGACG